AUGUGUAAAAAUAUAAUUCGUGUGUGUAAAUCUCAUUAUAUAAAAACAAUUUUUCUAUUGUAUUAUAUUGUGUUAUUCUCAUGAAUGACAAAUAAGAUACAGUCAAUACAUAAAUACUAAGCUUAUGAACAAAACAAAGUGAAAAACGAUGGAGCCACCCGAAGAUUUUUUGUUUCCAUUUCCUCCAUACCCAAUUCAAAAAGACUUCAUGAAAAAUCUGUAUAAGUGCCUAGAAAAUGGUAACCUUGGCAUUUUCGAGAGUCCCACUGGAACCGGAAAAACUUUGUCAAUCAUUUGUGGUACUCUGAAGUGGCUUAUUGACCACAAGAACAAACAAAAAUUAAAUAUUACUGAUCAAAAAGCUGAUCUUGAGAGGAAAUCUAAGAAAAUUGAGGACAAUAAUGUCAGUGAUUGGUUUUCUGCUCAAACUGAAAAAAUAAAGAUAAAUGUAGAAAAACAAUCCUUGCAAAAGCAAUUAGAUACUCUUGUUAAAAAAGAAGAAAAAAGAAACAAGUACAAGGAGCAGUUAAAAGAUUAUUAUGAAGAAAGUAAAAAGAAAAAAAACUAUUAUAAAUAUGCAAAAAAUGACAGUAAAAGUAAUGAAAGAAAUCAUUCUUUGAAUGAAAAAGAUACCAAUCAAGUUGCAAAUGAUGAUGACAUAGAAGAUGAUCUUGUUUUAAAAGAUACAGACUGUAAAUCUGACAGUUCUGAUGAAGAAGAAGAGGUAGUUUCUCAAGACUGCAAGUUAUAUUUUUGCUCUAGAACACAUUCUCAACUUGCUCAAUUUAUUGGUGAACUGAAAAAAACUUCUUAUGCUGACUUGAUAUCUGUUGUACCUCUUGCAUCAAGGACUAAUUAUUGUAUAAAUGCAAAAAUAAAAUCUCUUAAAAAUAUAAGUAUUAUAAAUGAACAGUGUCAACAAUUACAAAAAAAGAAAUCCACCUCUAAAAAGGAAAAAGAUCUGAAACGUUUAAAAACAGCCACAUCCUGUCCUUAUAUGCCUGGUGAACAACCAAUACUCAUGGCAGAAAUACUAACUAGUAUCAGAGAUAUUGAGGACACUGUAAAAACAAGCAAAGAGUUGAAAACUUGUCCUUAUUAUGCAACAAGGAAAUCAAUUGAGGAUGCUCAGCUGGUUCUUGUUCCUUACAAUUCAAUUUUGCACAAAAGCACUAGAAUAAGCUCAGGAAUAAACUUGAAUCACAGUAUUUUAAUCAUUGAUGAAGCUCACAAUUUGCUUGAAGCCAUUGAAAGAAUGCACAGUGUCACUGUUACUGGAAAACAUAUUUUACAUUGUUUCAAUCAAUUGUCUCAGUAUCAAAAAAGAUUUGAAACUGUUUUAACGGCUAAAAACGUAUUACUAUUGAGCCAGCUUAGUUUUUGUCUCAAAAAAUUAAUUAAAAUUCUUGGUGGCACUUCAAAGUCUUGUCCAGAUGAUAAAGUUGUCAAUGUAACUACAACUAAAUUGUAUACCCUAGAGGACUUUGAAACAAUGGCCGAAAUAGAUACAAUAAAUAUUUUUGAUUUAAUCGAUUUUAUACAAAAGUCUAGAUUAAUUCAUAAAUUACGAGGGUAUGCCGAAAAAUAUGAAGAUGAUCUUGUUUUUAAGAAACCAAUUCAAGAGAAAAAAGGUGUUUCUGCUUUUUUGGAAACUCUGCAGAAGAAAAAUAACGCAGAAGUUAAAGAAAAUUCAACAAAAGACCAAAAUGAGCAAGAGAAAGAACAAAUCACCAGUCCUUUAAUAAUAAUUACAAGCUUUCUUGAAACUCUCAAGACAAACUGCAGUGAUGGUAGAAUUUUUGUCACUCAUGGUGAUACAAUUGGCCAAGGGGAAAUGAAGUUCCUUUUAUUAAAUCCUGCUAUGCAUUUCUCAGACAUCAUAAAGGAAGCAAGAGCUGUUAUUUUGGCUGGUGGAACAAUGGAACCUAUAUCCGAAUUCAAAGAUCAACUCUUUCUGAGUGCGGGUGCUAAACCAGAGAGAAUCGUUACGUUUUCUUGCGACCACGUCAUUCCCAAAGAAAAUAUUCUUACUUGUAUUCUGAAGAGUGGUCCCACAGGACUUGAAUACGAAUUCAAUUAUCAAAAUAGACAAAACAAAAAAUUGCUGGAUGAAUUAGGAAGAACGAUAAUUAAUAUAUGUAACAUCGUACCAGCAGGCAUUGUAGUUUUUCUACCGUCCUACAGUUAUGAAGAAUUAUUAUUUAAGCAUUUAGAAACGAGUGGAGUCUUGACGAAAAUCGGUACGAAAAAAUCGAUUUUUCGUGAACCCAAAUCAACAACUCAGGUCAACCAAGUAUUGGAAAAAUAUGCCAGUGCUAUCAAGAAACCUCUAAAGCCUCAAAAUGGAGCUAUUUUAUUUAGUGUCGUUGGUGGCAAACUGAGCGAGGGGCUAAAUUUUUCCGACGAUUUAGGUCGAUGUGUCGUGGUAGUCGGUAUGCCAUAUCCAAACAUCAAGUCGCCAGAGCUACAGGAAAAAAUGAAAUAUUUGAACGAGAACGUUAAUCCAAAUGCUGGCGCAGUCUUUUACGAGAACGCCUGCAUGAAGGCAGUAAACCAGUGCAUCGGCCGAGCGGUACGUCACGUGGCCGAUUAUUCAACCGUUGUUUUAUUAGACAAACGUUACGCCAAUAAGACGAAGUCACUGCCCGGUUGGAUACAGCGAACCCUCACCGUACAAUCUACCUUUGGUGGUGCAGUACAAUCCCUUGCAAAGUUCUUUUCUACUAGAAAACAGAUUGGAACGAGUGUAAAGUGAAAAAAAAGAUAGUUGAAUAGAACAAUUUCUGAUUCCAAGUUUAAUAAUACGCCGCAGUAAAUAGGUGCAGAAAAUUUUAUUGUUAAGAGAGAGUACAAGCACUGUAGCAUGUAAUAUCGAUUUAUUUGCCUGUUUCCAAGAUACCAGUGCCCGGUCAAGUGUUGUUGGAUUUUAAUUUUUUAAUUAACAUAGCAGUUGAGCUGCUCGUCAACAAUCUAUUUGUUUCAUCUCAAGGUCGUUGAGUAUUUAAGGCGUGGAUGAAAAGCACUCCAAAUAAAAUUGCGUUAAUAAAAAAAAUACAGUGAUGGCAAUAAAAAAAGAGCCAGUUCCGUCAACAUAAGGUGCAAAAUAAAAUAGAAUUCGUAUCUAUCGGGCAGCUCGAGAGAUUUUAACUAUUUAUAAAAUCGGCUCUCGAGCGUCAAAUCAACCAGCUACUUUCUGCGUAUAUACUAUUAUCCCGCACAACACAAGCACUUGUGUAGAUACGUAUAUUCGACCAAGAUAAAAUUUGACAUUGCACUCGUUACACAACUCUUUAAC